UGAUUUUAGGCUACGCAUUGUGACAGCGCUGGCUUCAUGUGACUAUACUACAAGUGGAUAUCAUUGGACCGAUCUGCAAAAACAUGAGAACGUCUGUGUUGUUGAAAAACGUCGCAAAAUUUAGGGAUGUUUUUGAUUUUGGUGGCCGAAAUGUCGUGAGCUGGUUUCCUGGCCACAUGGCGAAAGGAUUAAGACAGAUGAAAGCCUCGCUGAGAAACGUUGACUGUGUUAUUGAAAUUCAUGAUGCCCGAAUUCCUCUUUCUGGUCGCAAUCCUAUGUUAAAAGAAAGUUUAGACAUUAAGCCACAUCUUUUAAUUUUGAAUAAAAUGGACUUGGCAGAUCUAUCAGAUAAACAGAGAAUUCUAAAAGAACUGAACAACCAAGGUAUAAACAAUAUCCUUUUCACAGACAGCUUUAAACAGCAUGAUGCAAGUAUAAAAAAGGUAGUUCCUGCUGUAAUAAAUCUUAUUGAAAACAGUUAUCGAUAUCAAAGAGAAGAGAAUAUGGAAUACUGUCUAAUGGUUGUAGGUAUCCCAAAUGUUGGAAAGUCUUCCCUGAUAAAUGCCAUUAGAAGAGUACACUUGAAAAAAGGGAAAGCUUCUAGAGUUGGAGGACAACCAGGCAUAACAAGAGCAGUCUUGUCCAAAAUUCAGGUGAGUGAGAGGCCACUUCUAUAUUUAUUGGACACUCCUGGAGUUCUUCCUCCCAAGAUAGAAAGUUUAGAACAUGGAAUGAAAUUAGCUUUGUGUGGAACUAUAUUAGAUCAUUUAGUUGGUGAAGAUGUAAUAGCCGAUUAUCUCCUUUUCACGUUGAAUCGUCUCGAAAAUUUUAGUUAUGUUGAAAAAUAUAAAUUAACAGAACCCAGUGAUAAAAUUCAGGAAGUCCUAAAAAAGGUAGCUAUUAUGCAUGGAAAAUUCCAAAAAGUGAAAGCCAUUACUGGAGUUGGAAAUAUUACAAUCACAGUUCCAAAUUAUAAUGCUGCAGCUGCUGAUUUUGUCAGAGCCUUUAGAAAAGGAGAUCUUGGAAAAGUGAUAUUGGACUGAAGAGAAAAGGCUCCUCAGUACUGUCCCGUGGACAGAAGGUCAUGGAAAACUGGAGUCUGUCCCGGCAACACUGGGCACAAGGUAGGAAACAGACCUGGAUAGUAUGCCAGUCAAGCUGUCAUACACACACACUGCCAUAACCACAUUUGGACAAUUUAGAAUUAAUAGUUAACUUAAAGUGCAUAACUUUGAGGAUGUGUGAGGGGAACCAUACUACCCAGAGGAAAACCUAUGCAUACAAAGGGAGAAAGUGAUAACGCCCAACAUACAACCAGCAGGAGCAGGAUUCCAACCCAGGUCAUUGGGUCUGUGAGGUUGCAGUGCUUGCCACUUUGGAAAGAAAUACUUAGCAAAAAUCUUUGUAUUUGUAGCAGUUUCUUCUUUGAGUUCAAGUGUGCAGUGUUUAUACUAAUAAUGUUUAUUAAAUAAAAAUCAUAUUUAAAGACUUUCAAAUACAGUAAGUCUGUAAUCAUGAAUUGACAUCUAAACAAAAUGUGUUUACUACCAAGCAUCAUGAUCUUUGUUUUUCAUGUAUCACAAAUAUCAUAGGUCACUUUUCUUAUCUGCAGUGCUUGGCUUGUAAAUCAAUGUACAGUAUGUGGUGGUCACAAUUGCUGGUGCACCAUUCACUAAUUUAAUAUGUACCACAAUUGAUAAUAACUAACAAGCAGUUAACUUUCUUUCUCAUAUGCAGUACCAUAUGAGUACCAAAGAAUAUUGCAUGCCAACUUGUCAAAAAACAUUUACUAGAGCUAUUCUAUGUAUAAUUACUAUGAAUAGUUAUGUCUUGAACAAUUAAAAAAUAAAUAAAUAACAAAUGUAAGUUCACAAUUUAUGCAUCAAAUUAAUUGAAUACACGAGAGAACACAAUAGAACUUUCAGUUGUGCAAUUUGUAACAAUUUGAGUUGAUGUGGUUUGCUAAUUAUGCAGUGGUUCAGAAAUUAAAUAUUUAAUGUUUUGUUGAAACCAAUUUUUAUCAGGCCAAGAGUUUGCGUUGUGUGUUAAUAAUAACUUUUUGUAUGAAACAGUGGAUUUUGUUUGUAUUUUUUUCCUCCACAUUUGUUUUAAUGACAUAGCAGUUAGACAAUCUUAUUUUUUUAUACAAUUUAUCUGUUUAGACUAGUUAGAUUUUGGUGUGGAUGACAUAUAGCACAUGUGUGCCUAUGGCUGUGUGUGUACAAUGUAAAAAUGUUGCUCUUUUUGUUACAUAUUGAUUAAUUUGUUUUUAAGUAAUUUCUUGGCAAUCGUUUGUUUCAAAUAUUUUUAGAAAUACUUUAUUUACUUUUGUUUAAUUUUAUAUUGGAAGAAUAAAACAACACAUAAUACAACAUACCACAAUAUUUGUCAUUUUAUUCAGAUUUAUUGAAAGACAUUUUAAGUUCAGAAAUUGACACCUGUAAAUAUAUCUGUAGACUGUGCCUUUGUGUGUUUUGUGUGCUCACCGAAACAACUCCCUAUCUUCUCAAUAUAAAAAUUUCCACCGUUUAUAAAUUUAAUUUAAUACCAGUUAUUAAAAUGUAACCAGUAAAGAAAUGAUGCAUACAUUUGUAGAAAUACAGUACUUUAUUUCUUCUAACAGUAAUGUAGUCAUAUUCAGCAAAAUACAUAUUAAUCUUUUUUAAGAAUUACAUUUUGAUUUACAGUAAUAAAUAAGCAAAUCUCAAGUGAAGGUCACACCAAAAAUGUCAUUGUUAUUGUCUUUAGGUUUAAAAUUUUUGAUUUAAUUGCUAUAGAAAACAGGUUUAUCUGCAAGAUUAUGUUCAGUUAGACUAUGUUUCUUUUAUGAUUCAGCAGUUGGGUACAUUUUUAAUGAAGUUACAGUACUUGGAGAAUUAAAACAGGACAUAAAACCUAAGCUUCAUUCUGUUUAACUUAUAAAGCUAUAUUACCAAGAGGCAACACAGUUUAUUUUCACAUAUAGUACCCUGAAAGUGAGAGCACAAUAUUGCACUGUCCAUUGUUUUUAUUGUAGACCCUGAAUGUUUUACUGCAUAGGCAUCAUUAACCUUGCAGAUUCUGUAUUUAGGCAAUAUUUAGGCAGUUUAUUUUAUUAAGUACCAUUAAUUACAGUAUACUGACUUUAAAGUGGCUAGUGUAUGGACAUAAAAACGUUCAAUUCCUAGAUCUUGAUGUAAGGUUUCUCAUGUAGUCCAUAUUACUUAAGAUUUCAAACAAUUUUGAUUUGCUAAAAUACAGAACAGUAUGCUGCAGUAUUGUUUCCCCACAGGACCAAGUAAAUUCAACAUAUUAUCUAUAACACAGUCAUUUUUGACAUGUUUUUAAAUAUCUGCACAGAUAACUUAUAACAAAACAAAGUAUAUUAGUCUAAACAUUUAAUCUCCUGCAGUUCCCUGUAUUUGCUUUAAAUUUACAUAAUGAUAGGCCAUCCAUUGUUAAACAUAAAUGAUGGCCUUUUUUUACACUAACUGAAAACAUUUUGAUUUUAGAUUAAGGUACUAUGGUUUCAA